GGGAUGAUGCUGGUUACCUUCACUAUCACCUGCUUGCUUGGAUUGGCACUGUGCAAUCCGAUUCCCCAGCAACAACGCUUGGACGAGUAUCAAAUUGAACAAUUUCCUGUUCUACCAACAAUAGGAGAACCACUGAGUCAAUCACCUUUACCUUUAGAACCAGUGGGGAUCAACACUGCAAGUCCCCCAAUAGAACCGUCAAACUGUCAAACAGCCUGUAAAACAAACCAGACAAACCCACUUGCACCAACACAGCCUCCAGCUCCUCUACACAGUUCCUCACAGUCUCUCAGCUCUGACCAGACCCAGUCUGUGGAAUCACAGUCAGAGAGUUCUCAAGAGGUUACUUCAGAUGAAUCCUCUGAGGACAGUAGCUCAGAAUCCCUGCCCAACACAUCGGAAGACACUACUUCAGAAGAGAUGGGAAUAAAUCCUCAUGGUCAACAGCUGAUGGGCCACAUGUUGGAUGAGAUCAAUGGCGACACACAGGACAACAGCCUGGGCAGUGAGGAGAACAUGCGCAGGAGCCGCAUCCUUGCGUUUGGCAUCCCACUGCGGCCUCAGGUGGCUCCCGAACCCGCCAUCGCCAUGGCAACCCACAGCCCAUCAGGCUCGGAGGGCGCGUCGGUGCGACCUGCUGUCCACACUGCUGCAGCCGCCGCCUCCAUGGAGCCCGACAGCGCAGGCAACAGCCUGGAGAGCGCCGAGUGCACCGCCACCGGGGACAACGGGGCCUGCGUCCACGCCGGGGUCUUCCACCCCGUGGCAGAAGGUGACCAGCACGGCCCGGGCCUUGGGCUACUGAUGCUGGACGAGGAGCGCGGGCAGCUUCACCUGUGAGAAGCCCAGCUCCAGACCCUCACGCUUCUAGAGCCACACCUGAUGGUUCCACACACCUGCAAAACGUCACACCUGCAGAGCGACACCAGCUGCAGACGCACCACUUGAUGUGUAAGAGAACACUUGUAGUACUUCACCUGUAGGAAAGCACAUGUAGGAGAGCACUUAUAGCAAAGCACUUCUAGGAGAGCACUUGUAGAGCUACGUAAUGAAAGGGAUGAUUUUAAAACCAUAUAUACUGUUACACUUACCAGCACAUGGCAAACUAAUCUGAGAGGCACACCUGCUAGAGAAGAUAGAGAGAAUUGAACCCAUGGAAAGAUAAAGCCUGGCAUAGAAUUGAAGCUUUUAAUUAACAGAGAGCUUUUAAGU